GGUACUCGUACUGUUGACGAGUACGAACGAGAGUUCACCCGUCUCGGAGCCUUUGUACCAGAUCUUGUAGGUACGGAAGCAAAGAGAGCCCAUCGUUUCACCGACGGACUUCGCCCAGCAGUCCGCCACAACAUCGUAGGCCACGGCGUCCAGACCUACGCCCGCACAGUUGCCAUUGCACAGGAAGUCGAUGCCAGUAUCCGACGUGAAGCC